GGGAAAAAAUAGACGUACAAAUGGCAGCCCUCAACACAGCGGCAGAGCAAAAUGGGGAAAACAAAAUUUAUGAGAUAAAUCUCUCACUCUCUCCUACUCAGUCUUGACUCGCUCCGCAAAAUGCUCUGAGGAAUUUCCACUCUGCUGAGCUUCAUUUGAGCUGCGGUUUGACCAUUCUCGUUCUAUACCGCCUUCUCACCUUUCCACACAGUCCUGAAUCCCUUGGUGGAUAGAAAUGGAAGAAGGCGCAUCAUUCAAUGUAAUGGAUGGGACAAUAAAGGGCAUCAAAUUUGGUUUAGCUACCCGCCUUGAAAUUGUGAAAGCCUCUAUUAGUGAUUGCCCUAUAAAUCAUCCCAGCCAGCUUCUAAACCCCUUUCUUGGCCUUCCACUUGAAGCUGGGAAAUGUGAAUCUUGUGGUACUGGUGAGCCAGGGCAAUGUGAAGGGCAUUUUGGCUACAUUGAAUUGCCUACACCUAUAUAUCACCCUGAUCAUGUUAGUGAGUUAAAGAGGAUGCUAAGCUUAUUGUGCUUAAAGUGUCUCAAAUUAAGGAACCGGAAGUUCCAGGUCAAGCACAUUGGUGUUCUUGAAAGGAUGAUGUCCUUGUGCUGUGAGGAAGUUUCACAAGUAUCAGUAAAUGAAGUUAAAAAUUCAGAUGGUGCUUGUUAUUUGGAGUUGAAAGUACCAAAGACUGCAACACUGAGUGAUGACUUUUGGAACUUCUUGGAGAAGUAUGGAUUUAAAUAUGGUUAUGGCUAUUCCCGUAGAUUGCUUCCUUCUGAGGUAGCGGCAAUUUUGAAAAAAAUAUCUGAAGACACAAGGAGAAAACUUUGUGCGAAGGGAUAUUCUCCACAAGAAGGCUAUAUCCUUCAAUUCUUGCCUGUCCCGCCUAAUUGUUUGUCUGUUCCGGACAUAUCUGAUGGGAUGAACAUCAUGUCUUCAGAUCACUCAAUAACAAUGCUCAGAAAAGUGCUCAAACAAAUAGAGAAUAUUAAAAGCUCAAGGUCUGGAACACCAAAUUUUGAGUCUCAGGAAGUGGAAUCCAAUGAUUUACAAGUAGCAGUUGCUCAGUAUCUUCAGUUCCGGGGUACUGGGAAGGCCUCUCGUGAUGUGGAUAAGCGUUUUGGAGUUGGCAAGGAAUCAAAUGAAUCAACUACCAAGGCUUGGCUUGAGAAGAUGAAAACUUUAUUUAUAAGAAAGGGGUCUGGUUUCUCCUCUCGCAGUGUGAUUACAGGUGAUCCGUAUAAGGGAGUAAAUGAAAUAGGAUUACCAUUUGAGAUUGCCCAACGUAUCACCUUUGAAGAAAGGGUAAGUUUGCACAAUGUGGCAUUCCUGCAGAAGCUGGUUGAUGAAAACCUUUGCUUGACCUACAGGGAUGGAGCAUCGACAUAUUCGUUAAGGGAAGGAUCCAAAGGCCACACCUUUUUGAAACCAGGACAACUCGUUCAUAGAAGAAUUAUGGAUGGUGAUAUUGUGUUUAUCAACAGGCCUCCAACUACACAUAAGCACUCCUUGCAAGCUUUGUCAGUCUAUGUACAUGAUGAUCACACAGUUAAGAUCAAUCCACUGAUUUGUGGGCCACUAAGUGCAGACUUCGAUGGAGAUUGUAUCCACCUCUUCUAUCCCCAGUCUCUCUCUGCUAAAGCAGAGGUUUUGGAGCUUUUCUCUGUUGAGAAACAGCUGUUAAGCUCACAUACAGGUAAUUUUAAUUUGCAGAUGGGAAGUGACUCGUUAUUGGCUUGCAAGUUAAUGUUUGAGAAGUACUUUGUAAAUAAAAUUUGUGCCCAGCAGUUAGCCAUGUUUCUCCCAAGCAGCUUGCCACUGCCUGCGCUUGUGAAGUCCCAUCGUUCUGCCCCACAUUGGACAAUCUUGCAGAUUCUGGGAAUGGCUUUGCCUAGGUCUUUUGAUUGUUUGGGGGAUAGAUACACUGUUAACAAAAGCGAGUUUGUAAAAAUUGACUAUGGCAGGGAUACAUUGUCAUCAAUCCUCAAUGACAUUGUUUCUUCAAUUUAUUUUGGAAAGGGUCCCAAAGAGGUUAUCCUAUUUUUUAAUGCGCUGCAACCUUUGUUAAUGGAAUAUCUGUACACAGAAGGCUUUAGUAUCAGUCUUGGAGACUUUUUCAUUUCCAAAGCUGCUAGAGAAAAGAUCCAAACAAAUAUUCAGGGCGUCUCGCAGUUGCUGCAUAGCUUGCGCGCAACCUUCAAUGCAUCUGUGGAGCAACAAUUGGACCGUUUCCUGAAAGUCGAAAAAACCCCAGUCACUGAUUUUGCUCUACAUUCAUCUGCAAUAGGUCAUUUAAUUGACCCAAAGAGCGAGUCUGCUCUUAAUAAGGUAGUACAACAGGUUGGGUUUUUAGGGUUGCAAAUGGCAGACAAGGGGAAGUUCUAUUCCAAGACGCUUGUGAAUGAUGUGGCUCUGCUGUUCCGAAACAAGUAUCCAUCUGCUGGGCAUCACCCUUCAGAGGAAUUUGGUAUGAUUAGUAAUGGCCUCUUUAGUGGUUUGGAUCCUUAUCAAGAGAUGGUUCACUCGAUAUCCAGCAGGGAAGUCAUAGUAAGAUCAACAAGAGGUUUGACUGAACCUGGAACGUUGUUCAAGAAUCUGAUGGCGAUCCUCCGAGAUGUUGUCAUUUGUUAUGACGGGACUGUGCGAAAUGUAUGCAGCAAUUCCAUUAUUCAAUUCGAGUAUGGGGUUGACAAUGGAGGUAAGUUUCAGAGUGAGUUUGGUGCUGGUGAUCCUGUUGGAGUAUUGGCUGCAACUGCUAUGUCAAAUCCUGCAUACAAGGCUGUGCUGGAUUCAUCUCCAAGCAGUAAUUCUUCGUGGGAAAUGAUGAAGGAAAUCCUGCUUUGUGGAGUCAGUUUCAAGAAUGCUGUAUCUGACCGCCGUGUAAUACUCUAUCUAAAUGACUGUGGAUGCGGAAGGAUAUAUUGCCGAGAAAAAGCUGCCUAUGUGUUGAGCAAUCAUUUGAGAAAAGUCUGUUUGAAGGACACUGCUGAUGAGUUCUUGAUUGAAUAUGCAACACCACAGACUGGAUAUGAGAUUUUAGGUGGAGGUGUUAGCCUUGUUGGCCACAUUCAUCUGAACAAGUCGCAGUUUGAAAAUCUGGGAGUUGAUCUCAAUGAGAUUCUUGAAAAAUGUGAGGAGAAAGUUUAUUCCUUCAGGAGGAAGAAAAAAACUGCUCAUCUAUUCAGGCAAAUCGAUUUGUCAGUCAGUGCAUGUUGUUCUUUUGGUGAAGGCAAAAGUAAAUCAGGGGAGAUGCCAUGUGUGCAGUUCUCUUGGCCGCUGGAUCCAGCUUAUGAUCAAUUAGAGAAAUUUGCUCACAUUUUUGCAGACACAAUUUGCCCUGUUCUGCUGGAAACUGUUGUAAAAGGUGAUCAUAGGGUCUCUUCUGCUAAUAUAAUCUGGAGUAGUGCUGAGACAAUGACUUGGAUUAGGGGCUCUAGCAAGAAUCAACCAGGUGAAUUAGCUCUAGAAGUUAUUCUUGAGAAGGAAGCUGUCAAACAAAGUGGAGAUACUUGGAGGAUUGUCAUGGACUCAUGCAUCCCUUAUAUUCAUCUUAUCGACACAAGACGUUCUAUACCAUAUGCUAUCAAACAAGUGCAAGAAUUGCUUGGGAUUUCUUGUGCCUUUGAGCAAGCUGUUCAGCGACUCUCGACAUCAGUCACAAUGGUUACAAAAGGAGUUCUCAAAGACCAUCUACUUCUAUUGGCAAAUAGUAUGACAUGUUCUGGAAAUCUGGUUGGCUUUAAUGCUGGUGGGAUAAAGGCUUUGUCUCGUGCAUUGAAUGUUCAAAUACCCUUUGCCGAAGCCACAUUGUUUACACCUAGAAAAUGUUUUGAGAAGGCUGCUGAAAAGUGCCAUGUUGAUUCAUUAUCUAGUGUUGUGGCAUCUUGUUCAUGGGGUAAACCUGUAGCUGUUGGCACUGGGUCUUCUUUUGAUAUUCUUCUUGAUACUAGGAAGGUUGAGUUAAACCAAAGAGUAGGUCAAAAUGUCUAUGAUUUUCUUCUUCUGAUGAGAAACAGUAAUGAUCGCACAGAAAAGGUUACGGACUGUCUAGGUGCAGAUAUUGAGGAUCUGCCACCGGAAGAUUUAGAUUUAGACUUGUACUUAUCUCCAGAAAGAGAUUCAGAGUCGGUGAAUCCUACAUUUGAAGAUGGAUUCGAGGAUCUGAUCAAUGAGAAUGCGGGUCAACAAGAAGGUGGCAGCGGUGGUGGUUGGGAGAAGGCUUCUACUGACACAUCUAGAGCUGGUGGUGGUGGAUGGGACACUGUAGAGAAAAGCUCAAUGGCAGCUGCAGAUCAAUCCGAUUCUUGGUCCUCCUGGGGUGGUAAAAAGGUCGAAGAAACCAGGAAAAAUAGUGUCCAAGGUGGAUCCCCUGGUUGGGAUAAAACAGAUGGUGGCAGUGGUGGGUGGGACCCUGUUGAGAAAAGCUCAAAGGCUGCCACAGAUCAAUCAGACUCUUGGGGUGUUGCUAAAAAAGCCGAAGGUGAAUCUUCUGUUUGGGGUAAAAAAGUGGAAGGUGGUGAUGGUUCUGUUACCCAACCUGAUACCAAUGGAUCCUGGGGCAAGGCUUCUAAGAUUCCAGAAUCUGAAGCAUCAAAAUCCUCUUGGGGAAAAUCUAGUAAAGGACUUGAUCAACCUUGGGGUAGUCAAAACCAGUCUGAUAAACUGGCUGCUACAUGGGGCAAUACUGUCAAAGAUGAUGUCAAACCGAAGCCAAGUUCUGGAAACUGGAACCGAACUACCGAUGGAGCACCGUCAACCUCCAGUGGUGGUUGGAGUAAUAAACCAGAAUCUAAUAAAGGUCUCGUUCAGACUGGAUCCUCCUGGGGGGCAAAUGAUGUUGAAUCUGAUCCCUCUGCUUGGGGGAAAAGUGCCAAAGAAGAUAGCGGUGGAAAGAAGCAAGGAGGGGAAUGGAACACAUGGCAAAAAGGAACCAAUGAAUCACCGACUCAAGCAGAAACAACACAAGGUAGCUGGGGUAAUACCAGUUCCAAGUCUACAGAAGAAGGUAGCUGGGGCAGAAAAGGCAACUCAAUUGAACAGAAGAAUGAAGCGGUUGGAGGGUGGGUGUCCUCUAAUAAGAGUAGUGGUUGUUCUGAUUGGGCCUCAAAGAAAAGAGAGUCUGCAAUCAAUGACUCAAGUGGUGGCUGGGGUUCUUCCAAGGGUGGUGCUGCUGCUGCUGAUUGGGCAUCACAGGAAAGAGAGUCUCUUGUCAGUGAAAGAAGUAAUGAUUCACCCAGUGGUGGUUGGGGUUCCUCUAAGGGUGCUGUUGCUGAUUGGGGCUCACAGAAAAGAGGGUCUGUGGUCAAUAAUGACUCAUCCAGUGGUGGUUGGGGUUCCUCCAAGGGUGGUGGUGGUCCUGAUUGGGCCCCUCAGAAAAGAGGGUCUCAAGUCAAUGACUCAGCAGGUGGUGGUUGGUGUUCUUCCAAGAGUGGUGGUGGUGCUGAUUGGACCUCACAGAAAAAAGAGUCUCUGGUCAAUGACUCAGCCGAUGGUGGUUGGGGUUCUUCCAAGGGUGGUGCUGCUGCUACUGCCUGGACCUCACAAAAAAGAGAGUCCCCAGUCAAUGAAAGGAAUAAUGACUUGGCCAGUAGUGGUUGGGGUUCGUCUAAGGGUGGAAGUGGUUCUGAUUGGCCUUCACAGAAAAUAGAAUCUCAUGUCAAUGACUCAGCUGGUGGUAGUUGGGGUUCCUCUAAGGGCGGCAGUGGUUCUGAUUGGGCCUCACAGAAAAGAGAGACUCCAAUCAUUGAAGGGAGUAAUGACUCAGCUGGUGGUGGUUGGGGUUCUAAGGUUGGCACUAAUAAAAACAUUUCCCAAUCUCAGUGGGGUACGCCACGGAAGAGUACAAAUGAAAACCCGGGAGGUUGGGGCUCUGCAGUUUCAGACACUGAAAAAUCGAAAGAAGCUACUGGAGUAUCCGAUGGUGGUUGGGGUUCUUCCAAAGUUGGUGGUGGGAGUGAAUCGUCUGGUAGUGGUUGGGGCUCUCCAAAGGUUGGUAACAAUGAUGAGGUUAAUGGACAAUCUCAAUGGGGCGCACACAAGAGUGUAGGAUCCUCUGGUGGAGCAGAGGAAAGCAGGAAUGAAUCAGGUGCUGGUUGGGGCUCUCCUAAGGUUGCUAACAAUGACGAGGGGGGCAACGGACAAUCUCAAUGGGUCCCACGGAAGAGGAAUAGAGAAGACAACAAUGAAAGUCCGCGAAGUUGGGGGGCUUCUGCAGGUGCUGGAGGAGGGGAUUGGAAGAAUAAGAGAAACCGCCCACCAAGGCCAGCUGAUGAUUCUGGUGCUGGUGUGGCUUUCACCUUUACAAGGCAGAGGUUGGAUAAAUUCACAGCUGAGGAGCAAGAGAUUCUCCUUGAGGUUGAGCCUAUUAUGCAAAACAUCAGAAGGAUAAUGCAUCAAUCAGGGUUGAAUGAUGGUGAUCCUCUAACUCCUGAUGACAAGGCGUAUAUUGUUGAGAAUGUUGUCAGUUAUCAUCCGGAUAAAGCCUCAAAAAUUGGAGCUGGAGUUGAUUACCUUAUGAUUAGCAAGCACAGUAAUUUCCAGGACACUAGAUGCUUCUACGUGGUGUCAACUGAUGGUGCCAAACAAGAUUUUUCCUACCGUAAAUGUCUGGAAAACAUGGUGAAGACCAAGUUCCCGGAUAAAGCUGAAACAUUCAACCAGAAGUAUUUCUAUGUAAAACGGCUCCCGCCCCUGCCUCGUCACCCCGGUUGGAAACAACAAGAAAAUAGUGGUGGGGGUGCCACUCCAGAAGCUGGAACUGAAGAACCCAAACAACAAGAGCCUACUAAUGCUGCUGCCACCGGUGGUUGGGGUGCCACUCCAGAAGCUGUAACUGAAGAACCCAAACAACAGGAGCCUACUAAUGCUGCUGCCACCGGUAGUUGGGGUGCCACUCCAGAAGCUGGAACUGAAGAAAAACCAAAACAACAAGAGCCUACUAAUGCUGCUGCCACCGGUGGUUGGGGUGCCACUCCAGAAGCUGGAACUGAAGAAAAACCCAAACAACAAGAGCCUACUAAUGCUGCUGCCACCGGUGGUUGGGGUUCCAGAAGCUGGAACUGAAGAACCCAACCAACAAGGUUCUACUAAUGCUGCUGUCACCGGGGGUGAGGGUUCAACUGAAGUGGAACCUACGAGGCUGGAUGAUGAGCCUUGACUAAAAAAAUGCUUCAGAUAGUUGUUGGACUCGAUGUUGACCAUUUGGGUGAAUUUAGAAUAAGCCCUUCAUCAUCUUUUUUUGGGUGUAUUUAGGAGAUGAGAUAUAGUCUCUGUACAGUUCCUUUUUGUAGUCAGUUGUUCAAAAUCUAGCAGUAACUACAUUUGGAUGGAAUUGUAUCUCACAUCUUGCAGUGAUGAAAAGUGACCACCUACCUUAUUGUCCUGUGUUCUCUGAAGUUCCUGCCAAAAUUUUGUCUGUUAUGUGGGAAGAUUUAGCUUCUUUUCUCCAGGAAUGCUCAAAUUUACAAUAGAAAUUUUAGAUUAGUCUUCAAAUGCCUUCUAACAAACCCGAACUUGUGCGCCAUUGGUGUUAAGGUUUUUGUGAUGAUAUAUUGAUAUGGAGGAUUCGAAGGGC